CCCGCUUCUUUUUCCACGUAAGCUAAUUGGCCCCACAUCUCGGGUAUAUAAAAGCCACUUCCAAGGAUCGUUGAAAAUCACAAAUCUUUAUUAACCAAACAUAAAAUACAAUUUGUAGGGUUUGGCUGGUAAAAAAGCGAGAAAUGGCCAGAGUUUCUAAAAACCACAGGAUUUUGACGUGCGACGGCCGGGAAUCUGAGUUUUCCGCCGAAACGACUAUCAAUUUAUCCGACGACACCGUCUUCCAGUUCCUCAGCGAAGAAUGCGAAGGCUUGAGUAGCAUAUUCGACGAUGAUGCAGACGACGUUGAGAAAGAAAAUCAAAAUGAUAAUGAAAUUCGAGGCGCAGAAGACGACAAUUUUUGGGAAACUCAACAUCAAUUAUUGCAAUCUACGAUAUGCAGAACGAGUUCUUUGGAAUCUAGAAUCCGAAAUAUCAGCAAAGAAGCACUAAAAGAAGCAGAACAGUCCGGCGGCGUUUGCGAAUGCGGCAGACCUGCCGACGGUUGCCGGAAAUGCCUAAUGGCGGAGAUGUGCCGCCGCCUCCAGAAUGCGGGGUUUAAUAGUGCAAUUUGCAAGUCCAAGUGGAAGAGCUCGCCCGAUAUUCCUUCAGGGGAACACACGUUCUUGGAUGUAAUCGAGGGGUCGAAUCCGAAGAAAGAAGUUCGGGUGAUCAUCGAGUUGAAUUUCCGAGGGCAAUUCGAGAUGGCGCGAGCAAACGAAGAGUACAACAAAUUAGUGAAGAAGCUGCCGGAGAUAUUCGUGGGGAAGAUGGAGAGGCUGCUGGCCGUGCUAAAGAUCGUGUGCGGAGCCGCCAAGAGGUGCAUGAAGGAGAAGAAGAUGCACAUGGCGCCGUGGAGAAAGCAUCGCUACAUGCAAGCUAAGUGGCUCAGAACUUGCGAGCGCUUGUCGUCCACGCAAACAUUCUCCUCGGGCUACUCCGGCCGCCCCGCCCGCCCCGGGAAAUCCUUGCUCACCGUCGACUUGAUGAUGGAGAAUCUGCAUAGACCCGUUGUUGCAGUCGUAUGAAAUUCCGAGUGUUUUUACCUUUUUGCCCUUUUGUUUUUCCUUUUUGCCUGUGCCAUCCCUUUCUCGCGAGAUAUAUAUAUUAAUAGUUGAGUGAGGAUCGCAACAAAAGGUCCUGCUUCGAAGAUGAGUCUCGACUUGUAUUUUUGUAUUUGCAGUACUAACUAAUGUAAUGAAAAAAAGGGGGCAAUCAUGUACAUAAAAGCUUUGUAAAAAAUGAGAGCCUACUAAGAACGACGUCAUCGAAACUAUGGAAAUUAAUAAAAUUUUCCUUUACACUUAGUUAAA